GCCAGCAAUUGGCGCGCAAUUUUGACGCGGCACGGCGGGAUUGACGGCUGUGCGCGGUUGUGGAGACUCGAAAGCACGGGGCAGCUGCUCUCAUCCUGACUUAGAGUACGCUAGCGAACUGAAGACAGCCCCCCCAAAAUAUGGCAACCGCCAGUUUCGCAGCCGUUUCCCGCGCCGACACCCAACCUUUGCCCACCCGAGACAUUCCCACCAGCCACACACGCAGCAACAACUCGUCGUUCAGCGGCGACGACGGCAUCCUGCACCACACCAACCGCCAAACCCGCAGCUCGAUCAAAGCCCCGGCAUCCCGCUUUGCCGACCUGAGAAAGGACCGGCUUUCCCUGCCGUCGCUGCUGCAGCGCACCCCACUCUCGCCCGUUCUGUCGCAAACCGCAGCAGGCCCCCUGGACGGCCAACCCGCGCACGAGCAAACCCAUCGCAUCCCUGGCUCCUCGCAAAACGGCCUCCACCACUCCAGCAGCGCCCACACUCUUCCGCCCAGGCCCGAGUUAUUUGAAACACAGCAGACUGGCGGCGCCACGAAGACUCGUUCUCUCAAGUUCCAUCUGCCCUCCACCGCCCUCGCUGCCCCCGCUGCCCCCGCCGAUCCAUCGUCUACGGGAUCCAAGCGUCCAGCCUCAUUUCCACCAGAGACACCCCGAGCCAUCGACAGCCCGGCUGCGGCGAGGCCGCGACUGUCGUACGACGCCAUUCCGGCCGCCAAACAUCGGCUGACAGAGGGCGCUGCCAAGGAGGCGGCCCAAGGCCAGCGGGAACUGCUGUUGCCCAAGACCCUGCAGACUAGUACUACUCCCACGACAAAGACCGACGACAAAAAAUCGCGCCCACCAGUAUCGUACAGACCACCGAACGGCGCCAAUACUACCGGCACCACCUCGCCUGGCCGCGCCGUGAUUCCGCCUAUCCGGUCGUUCCGGUCGUCUGGCUCUCGAAGGAGCAGCGUGCUUGACUCUCGCACCCGGCGCGCGUCCGAGGAGUCAUCCAAGGAGAGCGCCCCCGAACCUAACCAACGCGACCACGCAUUGCAGGCUCUAGAGGGCCGAGGAGACAAGGAUUUUUCGCGCUCCACCCCGUCCGAGUCUGGCGAGAUGACCACGACCACCGACAACGACAACACCGCCGAUAUUUUCAUGAAGAUCGCGCGGGAGGAGCCGGCGCUCCGAGCGCUAGAAAAGCUGCCGCCAGCACCGGCGGCCGAGACGAGUACUAUCUCACGGAUCGUCAGAACCUCGUCACAUCGCCGCCCCCUCUCGACGUCCAUUCCCUCCCAUGAAGCUUCUGAACCGCCACAUCCGCGUCGCCUUUCCGACCAACGCGAUGACUCGCGCACUCGGCAAGCGACCGACAGCCAGACUGCUCAACAAUUGACAAGAGAGUUAGCCUACAGCACAACAACGAGAGAGAAUCUACCACCCAUCGCGACCACUGUCGAGGGCUCUAGCCGCACGCAGCCUAGCCGGACGCCCCUGCGCCCGUCUCCCAUCACACCCAGACAGAUUUCCUUCAAGGACGCGUUCGCCGAGAGCAGCUCGGCGUACCAACGCAGAAGGCAAUCGCUCACAGAGGGCAGCAGCCUCUCCGGCUCGAGGUCAUCGCAAUACAGAAAUCCGAAUCUCGCAGUUACCCAGAGUCGGACGUACCAUUCCUCCCCGCUGGUGCCGAAAUCUGCAAACCUCCAGGCGGACGGCCCUCAGCACGGCUCUGACGCAAACCAUGGCGUCGAAGGGACCGAGUCCUCAUCCUCGACGGCUGCGCCCUCCACUGUCUGGGAUGAGUUGGACGAUUUGAAAUCGAGAAUCCAUCGGCUCGAAUUAUCGGGCAAGAUGCCGUCCAUUGCUGGGUCGACAGCCCCCAGGUCGUCUGACGAGCGCCCGCGAACGGCAACCACAAACGCCACCACCAUGUCGGCUUCCCCCAGGCAAGGCUCUGGCACUGGUGCAGCGCAGGCGAAUGGGAACAAGAGCCCAUCGGCGCCCCGCGAGACGCAGCCCCUCUUGCUCUCGGCUCUGGGCAAGACCAGAGAUGCAGUCAGCUCAGACGUGUUCAGCGCCAUCGAAUCUGCCGCCACAGAGGCGCUGGCCUUGUCGUCGCUGAUCGGUCCCGCUGGACAGCCAGGACCGAUUUCGAGCGGCGCUAGUGCCAUUGGAGGGUACAAUGGCAACGUAACAGACAGGCAGUUACGCAAGAAGGCAGAUAGCAUCAUCAGGAGCUUGACUGAGCUCUGUCUGGCCCUCGCCGACCCGGCGAGUCAGAAUAAGAAACAUCAGCCAGCAACAGCUCCACCGGAACCGGAGCUCUUGUUGAGCCCGUCAUCAGGCAAAGCCACGGCGGGCGCGCUGACGCCUCAGAGACGUCCUAGUGCUGUUGCCGACGUGAUUGCCAAGGCAAGCACAAGCCCCAGGGCCCCGACAGCCCUGGAGCAAAAGAGAAAGACCAUGCUGGCCGGCAUCUCGCUCCCCAGCUCCCGCUACGCCACUGCGCCCUCCACUCCGUUGGAGCCCACCGCAGGGCGAAAGUCGUCUCUCCUCUUGGCGCGGAUCCGCCGAGCGGCGACCGAAGAACCGGAGGAAACCCUCCAACAGACAGGGAGACGGUCGUCGUUGCUGCUCAGGACAAGGAGAUCCGGUGACGAAGAGCAGCCGGAGGAGACCCGUGAAGGGCAAAAGACGUCUCUACUCCUCCGCACCCGGAAAACUAUGAACGAAGAGGACGAGCCGCGCUCUCGUGUGCCGUCUAGGGCCAUCACCGAAAUCAACAGCUUCCACGCGAUUCCGCGCGACCUCGCCUUGACUGCUCUCGCCGGUCACCCCGCCCCUGAGAGCAACGCCGCGGCUGCGUCCUUACCGCUGCCGCGGCGCCGGCUCAUCCCGUCUGCCAUUUCCACACGACUCGCUUCCACCGUGGCCCCGGCGGCCUCAACGCCGCUUACCCCAGCACGCAAGUACCUCGAGCGCGGAACGCUCCAGGAUCGCGGAUCAUAUCUCGAACGCGGCGCGCAUCAAGAGCGUGGAUCAUAUCUCGAACGCAGCGCGCAUCAAGAGCGCGGGCCCAUCAACGCCGUCUCGGAGAAGCUCGCCGAGGAGCGUGGCCAGCAGCAGCAGCAGAACCAACUCUCGCUGGGGCAGACCCCCACGGUCAGCCGGACCGGUAGUUUCGGUCGCCGCACUCGCGAGAGCAGCAUCCCCAGCCUUCGCUCUUAAAAGGUCGCCCGGGCCCUCGAAACACGCAGGCUCUAGGCCGCGGCGCGCAUCGA